AUGGUGGCGGCAACGACGACAACAAACCUCUUUGAAUCGGCCACCGACCCCGAACUCAGCGCUUCGACCGAUGCACCCGCCUCGGCUCAAUUGCCCAGUCAGACUGCGGCUGAUAACGGUCCCGUCCCUCUGUCCUUCCCCGCUAUCUUGCGCAAUUCCGGGCUUCCAAGUCGAUACGCUCAUCUGAGAACAAGCGUAACCACACCAGCAGUACCACAGCGAAAGAAGCAGCGCGAGGACCACGAGGGCAAACGGUGGAUCAGGAGGCGAGACAAUGCACGCUUUAUACAUAACCCACACAUUGUGCAUGCCACCAAGUCUGACUAUGCGCUCCCUCCGCCCUCGGCACGCUCGACGUUUCCUGUCCCGCUUCCACCAUACCUCUCCCGCAGUGCUUCCGCACCAUCGGCGAUCCCAGUCACACCCAACUCUGCAUCGUCCACUGCAGGUCAAUUCUCUCUUAGCCUAAAGGGCAUGCGUCGCGAACUCCGUCGUGCUGGCUCGCGUGCCGGUCCACUGGUGCACGACGUGGAGGACGAACUCGUACGAUGGCUACGCGGCGAGACGUGGCUUGCUCCCGAUGCCCCCGACGCACAGGUGCUCAAGUUACCCGGGGAGCCGAUCGCGGGAAGAGAAGGGGUCAGGGAGGUGCUGAGGACACCGUGGCAGCUCGUCUGGUCUGUCGAGGGUGACACAGGCGGGUUCGCGCGCUAUGUGGUGCAUUGCUGUGCACGGUAUUAUAACGCUGUUUCGUUCAGCAAAGACGUUGACGGUACGCGCCUCACAUACAUCCUCCGGCCCGACUCCUCUCGGACCGGCGGACCCGCCGCACCCAUAGCCAGCGCGGGCGCACUCGACACUCCACCUACAACGGACCUCUCGAGCGCAGCUGAGACUUCUGAGUCUGAGCCCGAGCUUCACUCAGACGCCCACUCUGCUCACGUCGACGGAGCGCUCUCCGACAUCGCCGAAUCUCAGUCGGACGCCUCGCUCUCGCGGGGAGCAUCUCCCGCGCCCGGGCCGCCCUCGGAGCGCCCAUUGUCGCCCGCGGAAUGGUCGAUCAUCGGAGAAGAAGACCUCGAGGCGCUGGAUUCGGGUGUGGACGGCGAUCCCGACGGUGAAGGCGAGGAUUUGGUGCAGAGUAUCGCGUCGCUCUCCGUCAUUAGCGAUGUCGACGAGAGUGCGGAUCGGACGCCGCGCCCGCUGCGUUAUCUUCGCGCGCGCACGUGGGAUGGUAGGAGGACGACGUCGGGGUCGUCACCGUCGCGCUCGCCUAUGAGGCGGGGCCGCAGGCGUGCGUCUGGGCAGCAGAAGGUGGGCGGCGACGGCGGCAAGGAGAAGAAAGCCAAGGGGGAGAUGUCGUUUUAUGAAUAUCUGUUUGGGUGA